GACGUGUCUCUGCUUCAACACACCUGAAUCAAAUAAUGAGGUCAAUAGCAGGACUCUGGAGAACUUGGCUGCAUACCGAGGAGGUGAUUGAGCCAUUUAAUUCAGGUGUGAUGGACCAGAGGUUAUCUAAAAGUUGUAGGACACACCGUCUGGAUUUGAACCCGUAAAGUCAAAUAAAGUCUACAAUCUAGCUUGGAAAGUUUCUUUUAAAAAAAAUGUUAAAACAACCUCAUUUAUAUGGGGGCGGGGAUGAUAACAGUGGUUGUUAAUUCACUAAAAUUGAGCUCAUAUGUAAACCAGCUACUGUUGAACAUUGAACACGGUUUUAAGAUUUAAUUUUCUCAUUUAUUUUUUAUAACUGCCUUUUUAUUUGAAACUCUAGCGGUACCUUGCAGUUGUCUAGCAGCGGUCUACCAGUUUGGGUUGUAUAAAAUUCUGUUUUGCAGCAAUACAGUAGACUGGCACUAUAUGAACCAGAGGUGUCUUUAUGAGGUUAAAACCAGUUGAAAGCUGGAGCCCGCAGGGCACCGCCUAUAGACUGGUGUAGUCUUCAUCCCAUCCACUGGGGGCUUGUAUUUUUUUUAUUAUUGCGGGAUUAGAAAGCAUUAUUCCAAUAUGGAGGAACCAGGUCGUAGAUCUACUACAGUGUAGACUCCUACGCCCCGAGUCUCCCUCUGCAGUUCAUUGGUCCAUGAGCGGGUUCAGCACCACGCAGGGUGAACAGCGACACUCCGCAGUUUCGUCGGAUUAGGAUGCCGCGGAAGCUGCUCAACACGGUUACUAUGACACCGGGUUUCUUCUUCUUUUUUUUACUCUGCAUGACACUGUUCCAUCCAUCCAUAGGAAGUACUCCCAGCCAGGACAUUUCUCAGUUUGAUCGGCGGAUUCGUCUUGUCUUCAGAGGAGAUCUUGCGUCGCGGAUGUUCGGAUGCUUCACAGAUUUCCUUUAUUUCGCCGGGUCUGCUUCGCUUCGAGUCCAAAGGCAUGACGGACUCUACUAACACCAUCCCGCGGGUUCAGUCCAGCUGCUUCAUCUUCUCAUGCACAACGCCGCAUCCGCUAUCACAGCUGCCGCCGCCCGAACACCGGGUCUCCCUGCCGGCGCCCCGGUGUCCGCCGGUCCCCCAAAGCCUCUCAUGACAUGACAACUCCGGGCAGGAGGAGCAGGAUCAAAGGUUGUGGGUAGGGGUUGCAGAAGGAUGGGUCAGAUCCUCAAGGGAAGGGUGCGAAGAAACUGAAAGUUUCCCUUUGAGAGUGUCUUAGCAGAGAAGCGCUCGACUGGCGUGGAGUCUCCAGAGGGGUCAGAAAGUCCCCGUGAUCCUUGUUCUGAUCUGUAUACCUUCAGCGUGGUGACACCCACCUCUGCCUCCCAGUCUCAUCUGAUGUACGGCCUCAUAGUGUUGAUACUGGUCGAGUCCCAGCCAGCUGCGAGGUUCCCCGGGCCUGUGAGGUUCUCCUUCUCCUGCGCAGUCAUGGGCUGCAUUCAGAGCAUAGCCUGCAACAAGUCGCGAAUCAAGCGGGAGAACAUCGUGGUGCACGACCUGUCCGCCACCAUAGACCACUGCCCGACUGUCAUCGAGGAAAACUCCCCCAUUGUGCUCCGAUACAAGACGCCCUACUUCAAAGCCGCUGCGCGGAUUGUCAUGCCCCCCAUUCCGCGCAACGAGACCUGGGUAGUGGGUUGGAUCCAGGCGUGCACUCAGAUGGAGUUUUACAACACCUACGGAGACAUCGGCAUGUCAAGCUGGGAGCUGCCUCAGCUGCGGGAAGGUCUGGUGAGGGCCAUCAGCGACUCCGAUGGCAUCAGCUACCCCUGGUACGGAAACACAACGGAGACGGUCACCAUAGUGGGGCCCACCUCCAAGCCGUCCCGCUUCACAGUCAGCAUGAAUGAUAACUUUUACCCCAGUGUCACCUGGGCCGUGCCGGUCAGCGAGUCCAACACGCCGUUGCUGACCAACAUCAAGAGGGAUCAGAGCUUCACCACAUGGCUGGUGGCGCUGAACACCACGUCCAAGGAGAAGAUCCUGCUACACACCAUCAAGUGGCGGAUGAGGGUGGACAUAGUUGUGGAUCCGGCCCAGCCUCUGGGCUCCAGAGCCAGGCUGGUGGGCCGGCUGUACCAGGAACAACCGCGGGUGUUGAGCCGCAUGGAGCCCGUCCCUCCAAACGCCAUGGGGAAGCCGAACGCCAACGACGCCCAGGUUCUGAUGUGGAGGCCCAGGAGAGGUCCUCCGCUUGUUGUCAUACCGCCUAAAUAGAGCCAAGAGAGGCUCUUCAGAACUGUUUCUUUUUGCUACGACGUCACAGAGAGCCACACACGACUGAAACUUGCAAUGACAGACCGAAGCAGAGUUAAAUAUUUAAUUGUUGAAUUGGUGUUAAAACUCUGCCUUAAUUCCCCGCCGCUGCCUUUGAACCAUCCAGAAGGUUUCAGCCUCUGGUGCUGCUGAACUGUGGGGCGUACAGAGGUGCACUCUGGCCCAGCACACCCGAGCAGAGCGCCGCUUAACUCUUAGAAAACACCGUCAGUGCUGGGAUGUAUCAUUAAUCUUCGAUGUAGCUCCUCAGGCUCAGGAGGACGUGAUCAAGCCUUGAUAUGGGCGGUUAUACACGAAAUGGUUUACAGCCUUAAAGAUCCUCCAGAGGGAAAGUUUUGGAGGUAAAGGUGAAACAAAAGACAACUCCGUUGUGGGGGGAUUAAUUGAUCGUUUUCAUGUCAGAUGGAUGAUGUGAAUGUAGGUAUUCAGGUGUUUUUGUCUGUGCAGAUGUGUUUUUUUAAAACGGCUGCGUUCGGGCUUGCUGCUGUCACACCAGACUGCCUCAAACACGCCAGAGCCCUCAUUCAGGUUAGUUUUACAUUCAACUUUCAGAUCACAGGAAACACAGACUCGAUACGUACACAUCCUCAUGGACACACUGACACGUGAAUGAAGCCUACAGAGAGAUUCUCCUUUUCUAACAGUGACUUCAUCCAAGCUUCCCAGUUGCUCCAAGUUCUGCCUUUGCAAAUCCAGAGAUGCCUGCCGAGGUCGACAGUGAAGCCGGAUUUUUUGUUUUUUUUUUGUUAGGAUUUUCAGGCCCCUAGUAUUAGAUUUGGAGAGAAUGAAGAUGCAAAGGAGGCAAACGUACCCCAAAAUGGUUUGACUGUUUGUUACAAAGGGAAGCCAGUAGUAUACCACCAUGUUGAAUCACAACUACACGCCUCAUCAUCAAACCCUCUGCCUCCUUUUCCACCUCCAUAAAUUCCUGGUCCUUCAGUAUUACUUACAGGGGCUUUAUGCUGCUUUAGGCUCCCAGGGGGCGCUGUGUUCGGACUGGUAUCGUGACAAGGAUGGGAUGUAGCAGAGUUUGGGGAUUGGGAGUGUGGUAUAGGAACUCAAAACUCUUCAGUUUUCCUCUCUACCUUACCUGUCGCUCUUAAACUUUACAUCCCGUCUUAAAACGUGGUUUAAAAAUCUGUCUCUACAAUCGACUACUUGGUUUAAAAACUCAUUGUCGUAGUUUUUAUGUCUCUGAAGGCAAACCAGAGAGCGCAUUCCAACUACUGAGGAAUUACACUUCUCCUGCCUCUCUGGGAAAAAUUUGCUCUUCCCGCUAUUGCAUAGCAAGAUCCGACUGAUUGUUGAACCUAGCAACAGUGUGGCUCUCAUCCAGGCAGGCAGAGAACAGACCUUUACCUUUCCCUGGGUUUGAAACUGGUUUCUAAUUAGCAGAGUAUCAAGGUGUGACAGUGUUACAGCCACAGUCUUUAGAUAGUCUCCAGAUUCUACAAGAUUUCUACAGAUGUUUGUGUUUUUAGCCAAUAAUGAACAAUUUCUACGCACAAUAUUUCUUCUUUUUCUUUAGUUGUACAUAAUACAAAGAUUAUUUUAAAGGCUGGAAACUGAAACACAUUCAAGACGAGAGGCAAAUGUAUCUUUUUUUAUUACUUUUUUUUUUUUUUUUACAACACUAAGCAUUUAAAAAUAUGGCAGAAACAGCAGCUGGGGUGUUAAAAGUCAAAGGUGUCUGAUUCUUGUGUGAAUUAAGGGGUUUUGUUGCUCGGUGGUUUAAUGUUCUUGUAUUUUUGUUCCAUCUUGUUGUGUCAGCUCUGACGUCCAGGUGGAUCAAUUUGACAGAUGGAUUUUUUUUUUCUACUAGAUAUUUGCUAAAAACAUUUGAAACAGGGGUCAGGAUUAUCAGUAAGGGUUGCACCAGUACAUGCAUAAAUGCAUCAGUCAGUAUUAUUGGUGCCUUCUCUGGUUGGUAAGCUCCACAUCUCGUGCGUUUCUCCUCCUGAUAUCUGUGGUGGAUUUAUUCUGUGGUCAGGGACGGCCGGGUUUCUCUUCAGCCUGGAGGACACAGAUUAACCAACUUGAGUUUUUGUUUUAAUAUUUGAGUAGAAUUUUAAGUUUUUCAUAAUCAUGUCCAUAAACACUUUACUUCCAACCUUAUGUAUGUUUUGUUUAUAGGGGAUUUUUUUUGUUUGUUUGUUUUUGUGAUUUUCCCCUUAUAUUUCAAAGUUUUGAGAGGCUAUAGUCUGUUUACUGACCUUUGUCAGUUUGGAAGUGUCUUUGUGGCGACCAAAAGAUUUAUUCUACAGACCAGUGUUUUUCCAGACAUUCAGUGUUGUCAGCUGGAAGAGUUUUAAUUUUGUUUUGUACCUCCGCCCCCUUCCCGCCUUCUGUUGUGUAGAAAUGUCCCAAGAUUGUCUGAAUCUUUCUGUGGAUAUUGAAAAAGGAAAAUGCUAAUUUUAAGCCAGUUCGUCUUUGAGGAUUUCCCACAAAGCUCUAAAUCGGUUCUCCCUGCUGAUUCUUCAAAAGUCAGUUUCCUUUAUAUAUUCAGUCCUAUUCCUGAUCUGUAAAAAUCUCCAGCACAAAAUUGCUGGCAGGCUAAUCGUAAUUAAAUAUGCUUUAAAAUAGUUAGAAAACCUUUUUUUCCACAUAGGAUUUAAAAUAGUUCACAGCUCCAGGUUUUUGAAAUAUUAUAUGCAUUUAUUUGCUCCUCACCCAAUAAAAUGCAGAGCACAAAAUUUCCUUCGUAAGUGCUUUUAAAUGCUGUGGGACUUUGCACUUAUGGCUGCUGUCAAAAUGCAAAAGCACUCAAGUGUGAUACGAUUAUAUUAAUAUUUACCACGCUCCCCAUCUCAGUGUAACCACUGAAUAUUUCAAAGAAACCAAAAAUGAGAAAAUUACUAGAAAAUUUGCUCUCGACUCAAGUCAACCCAUUUCACGAUGCCUUGAAAAAUAUUUCUAUCUGUUGAUGUUUUUCUUUAAAACAUUUUGUCAUGUGACAAUGACGAAAAAAUGAGAAGAAAUCCACGUUGAUGAAUCAUGUGCAAUCAAAACAAUUGAUUAAACAAAAGGCAGCUGCAUGCCUUACGCCACAUCUGUCCCUAAUCAAUAACCAAUGUUCACAUGAAAGGAAAAUGCCCAGCCCAAACACAAGCCAUAAACCUUGACAUGUUUUAUUGGGAUUGUAUUUAUAUGAAACUUCACCCAGUUUGUUAAUCUAUGACCUCUGAAGGUCGCACUGGAUUUUAUUUAAAGGUAUCGGAAUAAAGGAGGCUGAAUACAGGUGCAUGCCACACCAUUUUUUUAGAUUUAUAGACCCAAAGAUACACUCAAAUUUGACUGGUGUAUCAUAAAAAACAAGUAAAAUGUCAAAAAUAUGACAGUGUAGGAAUACUUUUGAAAGGCACAGUAAGGCUGACUGUACGCUCAUGACAAUCCAUUUAAAAGUGGUCCAGAAUUGCUGCUCAAAACUCAAACGGAUAAAUUCAAAAAGACGUCCUAGUGAAUUAAAAACAAUCACAGUGCCUCUCCUGGCAUCAUGUCUUUUUCUAAACUAUUACAAAAAAAAAAGUCACUUGUUUGCCAAUUGUUUAAUCAGUCCAUAUCGCCUCAUCGACACAAAAAAACCCGGACAGAUCAAGAAGGAGCGCCGAGCCCAGCCAGAGGAGGAAUGGACGACGUUCCCACAAAAAUCACUCCCAUGCUGCUUCUUCAUCGUGGCGCCAGCUGUACGAGGCUUCACGCACAGACCGACACACACCUCACUGUCAGAGAGGCGGGCAGCCGGGUGGUUUGGAAAACGGAUGCGCCUACCUUAACCUCAACCCGGGAGCGGUCGGUGAAAAAUCAGAGGAUUCAAACUUCUGAAGUCACGCUGACAAUCAGGAAAAACCCCAACAGAGCAGCACUUGUGACCGAGGAGUUCAUUAUUGUUCAACGAAUCGUGGCUUUUCUAGUGUAAAAAUAGUGACGACUGUAAUGUUUUAAUGAGGAAAAAUAAACUGAAAUAUAUUUAUAUCCGAA